CAUGUGGAAGGGCCUGAAUGUCAACUGCACAGACAGCACAGGAUACACACCCUUACAUCACGCCUCACUAAAUGGACACAGGGAGGUGGUGCUGAAGCUGCUGCAGUUUGAGGCGGCCGCAAACCUCUCUGACAGUAAAGGAUGCUUCCCGCUGCACCUGGCCGCCUGGCGGGGGGACGUGGACAUCGUCCGCAUCCUCAUCCACCACGGACCCUCGCAGUGCCGCGUCAACCAACAGGUAAACCCCCAACAGCAUCCUCAUCCUCUCAAAAACCUCCAUCUUUAA